GUGUCGGGCUUGUGUGUGAAGUUGCGGCUCGUCUCACCUCUGUGUGACUCUCCGGUGCUCUCGGUGAACCGUCGCCACAUUUGCUCGCCAGGAGCCGGUCAAAAAGGGGGGUAAAGUCAUGUUCAGACUCCUCAGCCAUCACGGUAAGAGGACGCAGAGCUGCCUUGCAGGCCAACGGCGCUAUGACCACCACGGGACUGUCAUGGCCAUCCGCCGUGAGGACAUCAACCCCUGGGAGAGGAGGGCGCCGCUGGCCCCUCGCCACGUCAAAGAGCUCACCAACGCCGGCGUCAAAGUCCUGGUCCAGCCAUCCAACCGCAGAGCCAUCCACGAGAAGUACUACAUGAGGGCGGGGGCCGUCAUCCAGGAGGACAUUUCGGAGGCGUCUCUGAUAAUCGGAGUGAAGAGGCUGCCGGAGGAGAAGGUGGUUCCCAGGAAGACGUACGCGUUUUUCUCCCACACCAUCAAGGCUCAGGAGGCCAACAUGGGGCUUCUAGACGACCUGCUGACGAAGGAGGUUCGUCUGAUUGACUACGAGAAGAUGGUCGACGCUAACGGCUACCGGAUCGUAGCGUUUGGUCAGUGGGCCGGCGUCGCAGGAAUGAUUAACAUCCUGCAUGGACUCGGGCUGCGCUUCCUGGCUCUGGGGCAUCACACUCCCUUCAUGCACAUUGGCAUGGCUCAUAACUACAGGAACGUCAGCCAGGCCAUCCAGGCAGUGAGGGAUUGUGGGUAUGAGAUCUCCAUGGGGCUCAUGCCUAAGUCAAUCGGCCCUGUGACAUUCUGUUUCACCGGUACCGGCAACGUCUCCAAGGGAGCCCAGGACAUCCUGAACGAGCUUCCUGUUGAAUAUGUGGAACCGCACGAGCUGAAGGACGUCUCUGAAACAGGAGAUAUGACCAAAGUGUACGCCACCGUUCUGAGCCGACAUCACCACCUGAUGAGGAAGAGCGACGGCAUUUAUGACCCCAUGGAGUACGAGAACCACCCGGAACUGUACACCUCCCACUUCAGGACCAGCGUGGCGCCCUACACAACCUGUCUGAUCAAUGGUAUUUAUUGGGACCCCCACACCCCCCGACUCCUCAGACGACUGGAUGCCCAGAAGCUGAUGAGACCGCCCAAAGUCUCCCAUGCAUCCACCGAGGGAUCACCAGUGCUGCCUCACAAGCUCCUGGCCAUCUGUGACAUAUCGGCCGACACCGGAGGCUCUAUAGAGUUCAUGAAUGAGUGCACCACCAUUGAUAAGCCGUUCUGUAUGUACGACGCUGACCAGCACAUAGAUCACGACAGCGUGGAGGGAAACGGCAUCCUCAUGUGCUCCAUCGACAACCUUCCCGCUCAGCUCCCCAUCGAGGCCACGGAGUACUUUGGAGACCGGCUCUUCCCCUACAUCUGGGAGAUGCUGCCUUCAGACGCCACCAGGCCGCUGGACGAGGAGGACUUCAGCCCGCAAGUCAGAGACGCUGUCAUCACCUCAAACGGAGUGCUCACCCCAAAGUUUGAAUACAUUGAAAAGCUUCGAGAAAGGAGGGAGAAGGCUGAGAUCAUGAAGAAGACCGGGAUGAAGCGCGUUCUGCUGCUGGGUUCAGGAUACGUCUCCGGACCCGUGGUCGAGUAUCUGACUCGUGACGAGAGGACUCAGGUCACUGUGGCGUCGGUGCUGCUGAAGCAGGCGGAGGAGCUGGCAGCCAAAUAUCCCAACACCAUACCCAUCACGCUGGACGCCAGCAGCCAGGAAGCUCACCUCGACUCUCUGGUCAAAGAUCACGACUUGGUCAUCAGCAUGCUGCCGUAUUCGUUUCACCCGCUCAUCGCCAAAAACUGCAUCAAGAGGAAGGUCAACAUGGUCACAGCCAGCUACCUGAGUCCUGCCAUGAAGGAGCUGCAGAGCAGUGUGGAGGAGGCGGGCAUCACCAUAGUGAAUGAGAUGGGACUGGACCCGGGUGUCGACCACAUGCUGGCCAUGGAGUGUAUCGACCAGGCCAAAGCAGACGGCUGCACUGUGGAGUCCUACAGCUCGUUCUGUGGAGGUCUCCCUGCCCCCGAGUGUUCAGACAAUCCUCUUCGCUACAAGUUCAGCUGGAGUCCGUACGGCGUCCUGCUCAACACCAUCAGCCCCGCCAUGUUCCUGAAAGAACACCAGGUGGUGAACAUCCCAGCAGGUGGGACUCUGAUGGACUCCACCAUGCCAAUGGAUUUCCUUCCUGGUUUCAACCUGGAAGGAUUUCCAAACCGCGACAGCAUCCAGUACGCUGAGCCUUACGGCAUCCAGACGGCGCACACACUGAUCAGAGGAACGCUGCGCUUCAAGGGCUUCUCGAAGGCCAUGAGCGGGUUCGUCAAGCUGGGUCUGAUCAACAGCGAGUCCUGUCCCAUCCUGCACCACACUGCGUCUCCUGUGUCCUGGAAAGAACUCAUCUGUAAGCAGAUGGGAUUGUCCUCUUCCAUCUCCAACGAUGCCUUUGAAGAAGCCGUUUAUGAACGCAUCGGAAAGGACGACGUCAGGAUGGACUGCCUGAGAUGGUUUGAAAUACUGAGCGACGAGCCGGUGCCUCACGCCGACAGCGUUCUGGCUGCUCUGACAAAACAACUGGAGAUCAAACUCUCCUUCGAAAAGGGCGAGCGGGAUAUGAUCAUCUUGAGGAACGAUGUCGGGCUUCGCCACCCAACCGGCGAGCUGGAGACCAAGCACAUUAGCCUGGUGGUGUACGGCGACUCCAACGGCUUCUCUGCCAUGGCCAAGACCGUAGGAUACCCAGCAGCCAUUGCUGCUCGCAUGAUCCUUGAUGGUGAAAUCACUACGAAGGGUCUGGUGGCUCCGCUGACGAAAGAGGUCUAUGGGCCGGCGCUGGCCCGGCUGAAGGAGGAGGGCCUUCAGUUCAUAUCAAAGAGCACCCUGCAGGAGUAGACCAGGACCGCACUGACCACGAGAAACAGUAUAAAUCCACAUGAUAUCAGAUGCUUUUUCAUCAGCUUCAUCCACUUUGACAGAUUCAGACUCGGCUUUCUGCCGACGCUCUGCGUUUAAAAUUAUUUCACCAGCUCACCGGUCAGAGGCGGAAAAAUUAACAUUAGUUUGGUUAUUUUUCUUUCAAAUAUGUGGAAGGUGUGAAUGAUUAAAGGGGUUUAAAAAAUGGUUUAAAAGCAGGAAAAAGCCAAAAAGGUAAAAUCUUUUAAUCCCCAAAAGUUAUUUUUAUUUUAUUGAAAUUAAACUUUCUGACUAUUCGAAGAUGCUUUAAAACUGUGCUUUGAAGUUCAAGGUUCACAAAGCAGAAAAGGCAGCUGGUGAUGACAUUAGUUUACCUGCAGGUGGAUAUUUUCAUCCUGAGUUUGGCUAAAUUCACUCCUCUGUGCCAAACUAAGCUGUUUCCUCGGCGUCGACGGUUUCAGAGAAAAGUUCUUCUGUGAAGAUGCAAAAGGUCGACUGAUCAAACACUAUUUUAGUCAUUAGACAUUUAAAGCAUUAAAAGCACAAACAGACUCAUUAGUCAGGUGUUUCGCUGUGAUUUGAGACUUAAUGGUAAAUUCUGACAUCCGACAUCAAACCCAUCAACACUCAGAACAAAUGUUGAAACCAGUUAAAACCAAAAGAAAGUGAAGCGUUCAGCGAUGCUGCAGGCGAGUCCGACGUUUUUAACCCCUCGUGGUCAAACAUUGUUUGUGAUGUUUGAAUCGUGGACAUCGGUCUUUGACGAGGUAAAUGAUCCAGCUGACGGCUAAUGUUAGCGUUAGCCGGCAGCUCGUUCAUCUCGCUGACGGCUGGUAGAAUAAUCAAAAUCCAUCAGUUCAACUUUUUGCUUUUUAAGCUUGUUACCUGAAACACUCUGAAGCUAAUGUUAGCAUCACUCCCGUGAAGCGAUAUCACCCGUUUUAGUUGCUCUCGAGUGUCCGCCCUGCAGUUUGUUAGCUGUUAUCAUUCCAACAACACUGACAUCAUUUUAUCUGAUUAUUUCAUAUAAAAAACAAACUGUGAAUUUGUAAUUUUGCUUAAUUCAGUCGCAUCUUGUUUAAACUCUGUAGACGUCUGACCUGGAGGUUAGCAUUUCAAUUUUAAUCCUGAUAUUAAGAACAAUCUAAAUCCUCAUCAUUACAUCAUCAUUACACUACAAAGGAACAUGAGCCCUGCAGACGUGGAACCACGUUCAUGAAGUCCUGAUGUUGAUUCAUGGACUCAGACUCGAGCUCAGAGGUUGAAAUCCUGGUUUGAACCCUUUUAAAGACAGAAUACUGUAUUUGUAAAGUUUCCAGACGGAUGAGUAUUUAUUUGAUGUUUCGGGCACCUUGUUAACUGUUUGAUGUGCUUUAAAUGGGUAAAAAUAAUUCCCAGUGUUAUUUCACAUUUACCUGAGAUGUAUUUUUUAAAGUGAUUUAUCAUCAUAUGUAGUUUAUAUGAGGGCUUUGAACAGCCGUGUGUUCUUUGAUGUUUUCGUAGAUUCGUAGGUUUGGAUCUGAAUGACGGAGACUUCCUGUUCCUGUUUCAUAAAGAAAGGAUUCAGAUUAAAGGUUUUACAGCUUUCA